AUGGAGAGGAAACUUGAUGGCAGGGUAGUUCGGGGAAGAAGACUAGAGGUGAAUCUACCGUUACACGCAAGGAAUGAUCCUCUUGUUAUAGCUAAUAACAUAAUAAAGAGCAAUCCGAAAGCACCAGUUCAAAUAGGCGGACUCAAGGAUCAUCGGUCGUAUGCAGAAGUCGCAAAGCAAGGCCAACAACGAUCUCGCCCACAACCACCCCCACCACCACCGCCGCCACCACCUCCCCCACAUAUUGUAAUACACAGAGAACAUGGUAUGCAAAGAUGGUUGUGGAAAAUUUCACUCAUUGGAGAAGCAAUCUCUUUAAAUCACUUGGGGCAUCUUCCUAAGUUGUUGGAUAUCAAUGAUGAUGCAAGCUUGAAGAUCAAAUAUGUUGGAGGACUCAAAGAGUUAUUGAUGUUUUCUGACUCGAUUACUGCUAAGAAGUGUAAAGACAAUAAAAAUAGAUGGGGGAACAUCUGA